AUGGACACCAAAUUUGCCAUCAGACACCGACUCCCCCUCCAAAAACUCCCAACUCCUAUAACAUGUAAAAAUGUUGACGGAACCACGAACAAAAACGGAAAAAUUACGCAUUGCACCUAUCAGAGGAUAGAUGCAGGAGGACAAAACAGGUUCACAAAGUUCCUAUUAACCGGACUAGACGGAGAAGAUGUAUUAUUGGGAUUUCCCUGGUUACGAAAAGUCAAUCCCGUCAUUAAUUGGAAA